AUGAAUCGGAAGAUGGAGGCCAUGCGCGAGAAGGAGGUAUCUCGGAUCGCUCCCGAAUUAUUCGUCCAUGUGCGCUCGCACCUGAAUUCAUCGUCGUCCUGUAACGUUUCGAAUGAUACCUAUGCCGCCUUUCCAGCAGUGCUAUCAGAUCCUGCAUUGAAUGCAUUUGCUCAACUUGGUGCUCUAAAACUGGAUGCGAAACGUUGUCGCGUUUCUCUAUUCGACCGAAGGAACCAGUAUGUUGUCGCCGAAUCCACCAAUGACUCUGUCCUUGGCUCAUGCCUCCGGAAUGACGAGAUUUGGCUUGACGGUAUGGUAACACCUAGAGGCCUUGGGAUAUGUGAACACGUACUCAUCUCAAACGAUGGCAAAUGGGAACAUACCGGUGCAAAACUUGACGUUUCAGUUGUGCCGGAUCUUGCAGCAGAUGCUAGAUUCUCCGACAACUCCUACGUUCUAGGAACACCAUACAUUCGGUUCUAUGCUGGCGUACCUCUGAAGUCUCGCAAUGGAGUGAAUGUGGGCGUUCUCGCUGUCUUGGACGACCAACCUCGGGCGGGGCUUGACGAGAGCCAACUAGAUUGUUUGCGGGAACUGUCUCGAAUCAUAACAGGCUACUUUGAGCUCAAAGAGUCAGCUCCCAGCUUCCGGCGAAGUGAGCGAAUGGUUCGAGGCCUUGGAAGUUUUGUAGAAGGAAAGACGACGAUGUCUGGCUGGGAACUUGGCGCAAACUCCGGCUCGUUUCGGAACAAUGGAAGCGAAGGAGAUCUCAACAUGCAGCAGCAAUCCAUCAGGCAGAGAGAUGAUAAUGAUGAUAAGGCUGGACAUAAUGACGACCUUGAACAGAGUCAGCGGCCUGCGCCGAUUCCUCUUCAGCCAGUGUCUCGUACAGAAGAGCAAACCAGCGUCCAGGCGUUGCCGAAUCACAAGAGCGGACCAGGAGACUCGGCCACCUUCACGGUACAUUCGACAAGUUCAGCUCGAACGAUUAGUACCAUUGCUCCCUCGGAAGAACCCCAACUCAAAGAGGUGAAGGUUAUCUUCAGCAGAGCAGCCAAUAUUAUCAGGGAGUCUAUCGAAGUGGAAGGAGUUCUAUUUCUGGACGCGAGUGUCUUCUCUUAUGGCGGUCUUGUAUCAGAUGUGGAUGUCCAUUCACGGAGGUCAUCCAGCUCAUCCAGGAGUCCACCAAGAUCAGAAGAUGAUCUUGGCCAAGAAUCAGAAGACGACUUGAAAGCUUGCAAUGUCUUGGGCUAUUCUACAAGCACCGACUCCAGCAUCGACUGCACUUCACCAAGCUCGCCCGAUGUCCGGGUACCGGAGAAGUUUCUCAGGGCACUUCUAAAACGCUAUUCGAUGGGCAAGGUAUUCAACUUCGACGAAGAUGGCGCUACUUUACAGUCGACCGAUGACGAUCAGGACCAACCCGCACGUCGACUGAGCACUACUGGCUCGUCGGAGACGGUCACCGUUGCAUCACCAGGGUCGAAGGCCUCCAAUCCAUAUUCCCGCAAGAAUGAGGAUGAGUUGAUGUUAUCAAUGUUUCCCGGUGCCAGGAGUGUAGCCUUGGUUCCUUUAUGGGACGCACGCAGGGAACGAUGGUUUGCUGGAUCAUUCAUUUGGACUAAGGCACCUGCUCGACUUUUCACUAGUCAGGGUGAAAUCAGCUACCUUCGCGCUUUUUCUACAACCAUUAUGGCCGAAGUUGAUCGUGUAAACACCUCAAACUCUGAGCGUGCCAAAAGCGAUCUGCUGGGGUCUUUGAGCCAUGAACUUCGGUCACCCUUGCAUGGGAUAGUGGCUGCAGUUGAGUUACUUCAAGACACCGACCUCGAUGCGUUCCAAGGAGGACUGCUGCAGACGAUGGAUGCCUGCGGUCGAACGCUUCUGGAUGUCAUAGAUCACCUCUUGGACUACACCAAAAUUAGCAGGCUUGUCAGAGGUGGUGCCAGAGAUCGUCGCGGAUCACCUGCGCAAAGGCGUACCGAUGGGAUGGACAAGUAUCAAUCCUUCCAGUCUCAACUCACUGCGCUUUCUUCGACGAUGAAUCUAGAUGCCUUAGUGGAGGAAACGGCUGAGAGCAUCUUUACUGGCCAUAUCUCCCAAGCCCUGCCGGCUUCCUUGACCAGACAUGAAAGUCUCAACGGUCAAAACACUCGAAUACAGGGAAGAUCUGAUUCUGUCUGGUCAGCAGAACGUUUCGUAUCACCAAAUUCGGAUACUUCACCCACAGCAGUGCAUCAACCCGUACCCAUUUACCUUGAGAUUGACCCGCAUGUGUCAUGGAUCUGCCGCGUCGAGGCAGGCGCCAUUCGUCGUGUCCUCAUGAAUCUUCUUGGUAAUUCCCUAAAAUAUACCAAAUAUGGAUUUAUCAGAGUGAGCCUCAAGCAAGAGCAACGCCAAGCGAAAAGGAGAAAACCCUAUACCCAGGUCGUGUUAAAUGUCUCGGACUCAGGGAAAGGCAUCACCCAAGAGUUCCUGCAACAUCGCGCAUUCAAACCUUUCACCCAGGAGGAUCCAUUGAGUCAAGGUACUGGAAUUGGACUCAGUCUUGUGUCGCAGAUUGUACAGGGCCUGGGCGGAACCGUCCACAUCGAAAGCCAACUGGGAUGUGGAACCUCCGUCACCAUCUCCAUACCCUUGAAAACUCCACUGAACCUGGACAUGCGUGACUCACCGUUUGCAGCGAAUGUUGCGGCUCUGAGAGGACUCCGAGUCUCACUUUGCGGUUUGAGAACGGAGCCUGACUGUCCUGGGAUUGCUAGUUUCAUCUCGCCGGUCGAGCUGGACGUGGUGAAAACCGUCUGUUGCGAAUGGCUCCAUCUGGAGGUAAUUGAACAAGGGUCGACUGACAUUCGACCCGAUAUCAUUGUCCGUGCUGAUACAUCUUUGGGUGAUGUGUCAGAAACAACAACGGACAGAGACUCUAUUCACUUACCGGUGGUAGUUGUAUGCCGCAGCGUGUUCACAGCUCAGAACCUGUCCAUGAAGUUUGGACAGGCGAGUUCAGGGAGGAUCUACGAAUUCAUUUCUCAACCCAUCGGACCUCGAAAACUGGCAAACGCAAUGGUUCUUGCUCUGGGAAGGUACAAUGAUGCAAAAGCUUCUGAUUUGGUACCCUCACAACCGUCCGAUAUUCCGCAGAACAUAUACAUCAACCCCUUGGCCACCCCAGACUAUACCCCGGGGGUCGAAUUUCCCUCGAUGUCAGGGUGGACUCCAGAAGUCGUUCUGCUGCCAUCUCAACCUUCCGAGCCACAUCUUGUAUCCGUGCAAGACUUUGGGCUUUCCACGGCAUCCCUGGGCCAGAAAAACACAGACAACUUGUCAAGCACAUCGGAACUUGGUGCGAGCGCUGCUGAUCAAGCCAGAGACGUAUUUCUUCUCGUGGAUGAUAAUAAAAUCAACCUACAAAUCCUUGUUUCGUUUAUGAUGAAGCUGAAGUACAAGUUCCGAACCGCAACAAAUGGCCUCGAAGCCUUUGAGAUAUUCUCAGAAAAUCCCGAGUCUUUUACUCAUAUUCUCAUGGACAUUUCCAUGCCUGUCAUGGAUGGCCUCGAGUCAACUCGACGCAUUCGCGAGCUGGAAGGAACGCGGCGUUUAAGACCCAGUAAGAUUAUUGCACUGACGGGAUUAGUAUCGGCGAACGCACAGCAAGAAGCGUUCGCCAGUGGUGUUGAUAUGUAUAUGACCAAACCUGUGCGUUUCAAGGACUUAUCGCGGGUGCUGGAAGGGACAGGGCAUAAACUCUGA